CGCCCUGUCCGCGAUCAGAACACUUCCCUGGAGGUCUCAGAGAAAAACGGGAGAGAAAGACCUCCGUGCCUCCGUUUGGCUACCGACAGUGCCAUCAGUGUUCCGGACAGCCAGCCAGUCAGCCACCUAGCAACCAAACAACUGCAAUCAACGUUUCAUCAUCGUCGUCGUUGUCGUCGCCGCGGAUGUCACCAUUCUCUCGCGGUACCGCGGAACAUCGUGCUCGCCAGGCUCCCAGGAUUGGCUCGUGAUGGUGAAGCGAGCUGCGGCGAGUUAGCUAAAAACCCGCGUGUGCUUGGUGUGUUUGGAAGAGUGGCUGGUGCGUACGUGCGUGCGUGCGUGCGUGCGUCCCCGGAAAAGAACGUUGUGCCGACGGUGUCGCGCAGAGCUGUUCCGCAGCAUCCAAUCUCGCAGUGUUACCUCGCAGUGUGUGUUCCGUGGGCUGUGUGUGUGCGUGUGUGUUGCAUUUAGUGCGUACGUGUGGGUCUCGGGAUUGUGGGGCUUCCGGGACGGUCACCGACUGUGCAACGGCAGGCUCCGUACGACCUGCAACUCCACCAAUCCACCCCGCCCCCCGUUACGAUCGCCCACCUCCACACACCACGGUCAUGCGGACCAUAAGCGUCUGCCGGCGUGAGUUUUCGGAGUGGCCGGUGCUGGUGCUACUGAUCUGCCUGGUGAGCUGCCCGGGCGGUGGCGGUACUACGCUGGCAACCGACGAAGCAGGUGUGCUGCCAGCUGGUCGCCGCUUCCACGCCCGGUUCGUCGUCGACCGGGUCCGGCCCCCACCGUCCCCGCUCAAUCAAGCCAACAACCAAGGCGAAGGGCCACCGAUCCCCGCCGCCAACACCCCUACGGCCCGUAGGUGUCGCCAAGGGUGCCUGCAAAAGCGCUCCAUCAAGGACAUCCUCUGUACGCAGCAACGCGACUGCUCAAUGUGCUGGGACGUGUGCAACCGCAACAACCAGGUACGGCGCGAGCACGAACUAUCGCACCGGUUGCUCCUGAGUUUGGGCCGCAUGAUCCGGAACGAGUCGGUGGUGACGGCCGACAUCGAGUGGACGACACCGGCCGAGCUGGUGCGCCAUCAGCCGCCGGGUGUGUCGCGUUCCCCCCCACCGUCACCGUCGGUCUCCAGUGGUUCCGACGAUGUCGAGCGGCUGUCGAGGAUCGCGCGCGAUGGUAGCGUAGCGCCAUCACUCCCUACCGGCAGUGAUCGUACCGCGGAGCAGCAGCAGCAGCAGCAGCAGCAGCAGUACCACCAGUGUCUGGUGUCGUGGGAGAUCUCGGGCGGUGGGCUGACCGGUAAUCUUCUCACCGAAACGUUCAUGGUCGAGCUGUCGCUCUGGCCCAACACCAAAUACUACGUGCACGUCACGUGCCGCAACAAAGUGACAGAUUCGCUGAUCCGGUCUGCCUCGCUGCUGGUCGACACGAGUGAGGCGGUCAUUGUGAGCCUUCACGGGACCUCAUCAACAACGACGACGCCGACGACGACGCCGAUGACGACGACGGUGGCGUCGCCGGAAGUGACAGCACUGCCACCGAGUGAGUCCUGGGCACCUCACCGAAGACCGACGAAUGUCGACCUGCCAAACCCGGCAACGCGCAUUCUCUGGGCGUUCGGUGAGGAGGACGAUGGUGACGAGGUGCAGGCGGUGGCCGCACCGUCAACCGGCACCUCCAAGGAAAUUCUCAUUUUGGGUGCGUUCGUGGCGCUCCUCGUGCUCCUGCUGCUCUCGCUCACCGUCGUGCUGGUGGUGCGCCGGAAACCGUCCGCACCCGAGGACCGGGAGGAGCUACUGAUCGAGAGCCGGCAACACUGCCGCCGGCCACCGGUGAUGGCCACGCCCGAUCUACCACCCAAGAUCAUCCUGCACGUCUGAUCACCCCUUGGGGGGGCCCUUGUAAAUAGCCAACACAGCCGCAUCCUCCAUUUCCUACCAGCAACGUGCCACGGGCGAGCGGGUGGGUGGGCGGCCACUACCAACGCAACGACAACUGGCAACGCAAGCAAGCAUACUAGUCGUAGAACCUCGUUAGACAUGUAAAGCACUACCACUACUACUCCCUACACUCUCAACCCCCGCACCUUCUCCUUUCCAACCGCAGCGACCUCCUCCCUUCCUUCCGUCUCGUUUUUUUUUAAGCUAGUUGUACAUAGACAGACAGACAGAGGCGAGGAUAGGCGUUCGCGAUUACAGGGAACACAGCAAGGAUUGGAACACCAAUUCCACAACAACACGGGGAGAGGAUGGGGCGGUUUCUCCUCGUUCCCUUAGGCCAAAUUGCGCUCCUCGUGGUCCCUCGUUAAGAUAGUUUAAAGGUUUGGCGAUAGAUGGAUGAUGAUAAUCAAUGAGACCCAAUGCAAGCGUACAAGGGUGGUGCACGCAUCGCUCUAGCGCACCCCCGUCUCUUAGCUCGUAAGCCCUUUGACGCAAGUAAACAAAGCAGAGAGACAAAGAAGAAGAAGAAGCAGAAGAAACGAACUCAAAAACAAACAAAAGCAGAACCGCCCCCCACAACCACAACCACAACAACAACAAAUUGCAAAUUGUGUAUAUUUAUUGUGUAA